UGCUUAUUGAUUGAUGCACACCGCACACGUACGUCUUGCGAGACCUGCCCGCGUCACUCACUCACUUAUCAGAGUCUGCUCGACACGACACACCACAUGUCUCUCCGCCCGACCAGAAACGUCAGCAGGGACGCAAUCCAUGCAGACUGCACUUCUCCCACCCGCCCACCCACCCGACAGAUACCCAUCUAAAUGCGUUCUUUCGUGGUGGUAGGUACCCACCCCCCUACUCUACUCCCCCUGUCGUCUUGUCAUGGAAUUCCUGGAUCUGUCGCUCCAGCUUGUCCAUCUCUGCCAGCACAAGAAGGCGCUGCUCGUGCAUGGCCUUCUUGACGUCGGGCAGCGUGUCGGCCUGGUCGUGGCGCACCUUGACGAUCUUGCGGGCCUUUGCCGCCCGCUUGAAGAAGAAGAACGAGCCGAUGAAGAAGAUCGGGUGGAUGGAGCAGGCCAUGCCGGCGCACCAGCCGCCCAUCUGCAGGUUGUUGAACUCGCUGUUCCCCUGGCUCCUGCUCAUGUGACCCACACCCAAAAUCUGAGACUUGCGAAGACGCAACAGGUCCAUCUCGCCCAUCCGGCUGCGCGCCUCGGCAAGGGUCGUCCGCUGCCAUGCCUUCGACCGCUCACUCAGCGAUACGACCACAGGGGGCAGGGGAGAGGGCGAUGAGUCGCUCGUCUGCGGCGUCUUGUCACCAUUGUCACCAUCAGCAGCCGCAGCAGCAGCAGCAGCAGGAGCGGUUGAUGCGUCCUCAUGGCUGGUGGCUGCUCCUGGCUUCUUGUGGAUAAACUCGGCAAUCACGUAUGGCUCCUUGAGUGUGGCCUCGAGCACGUCAAGGGCCUGCGACCGCAUGCCCUCCCGCACCGUGCCAAUGGCGUCCAGCAUCCGUUCACGCCAAUCCUCGUAAUCAAACGACACAGCACCAACGCCAUCGCCACCAUCGGCCGCACUGCCUGCCGGCUCCUCUUGCCCCACUGCUGGUGACGAAUCGUCGUCGUCAGCUUCAGCUCGGUCGGUCCUCUUGGUCUCGGAAGAUGGCGGCGUUUGCCGGCUGCCAGGGAUGAUGGGGAUGGCCUGGGCGGAGAGCUGGCGGGUCAGGUGGAGGGAAUGCGGUUCGAGGGAGAUGCGGCAUGGCUGAGAGGCAGGCGAGAUCAGCUGAGAGCUGGGAGGCGCCAGUCUCGCCAAGAUCCGCCGCAGAGGACGCAUUGACGCCAUUGCUGCGACUAAAAAGCACCUUUCCCAC